AUGCAACGAUAUCAACCACCUCAUGCGCGCCAAGGUCAGCGGAAUGGUCAGGUCCCAACUCAUAGUCGAAGUGUAGUACACAAUGAACACCAAGCUAUUGGUGCAAAUACCAACACCGAUACCGAUGGAAAUUUGCAUGGCGGAAGAUACAACGAUGGUAUGGGAAGUAACAAUUACGUGGAUCCAAGGUUAGGUAUAAGGAAUGAUCAUUCAUAUACAAAUACACCACGACGAAACGAUCAACAAAGAGCUUCUUCUUCGUACCCCUCCCGAUACGCGAACAGUGAUCAAUCUGGACCUUCGACAUAUACUUAUAAAUCCAAGAAGGAUUGGGCGACAAUUCACUCGAAGAAGAAUGAUGGGGUGUUGGCUUCCCCAGCGGGGGAUAUAAAACCUAUGAGAUCGAGUAAGAGCAAGAAACUUGGUCUAGAUAAGGAGGGUGAAGAUGAGUUUGAUUUCGAGUUGGUUCAGAGUGUUAGUAGAUCUGGAGGAGAUGGGAAACAAGGUGAUAUGUUGAAAGAUUGGGAAAUUCAGGAAAGAUAUAGAGUGUUCAUUGAGAACAAGAUCACGAAGCAUCACUCGACAUUCAAUACCACAUAUCAUAAAGCUCCUCAAUCAGAGGCGAGGGAUGAAAUUGAAAGUUUGGGUAGUAUCGUAUUACUAUUCCGUAAAUUGAGAGAAGGUGUGGUAGCUUCAGGAAGGAUCGAUCUCUUCGCUAUAGAGGUAUUCCAGUCCUCAGCGCGAUUUUCAAUAUUAGCCAAUAAUCGACCUCAGCUGAUAUCAUCGCUCAGUGGCCUUGUACCAGGUCUUCAUAACGCUCUGGACGAACAAAAAGGCCAACGAGAAGUAGAUCACACUUCUCGUUCAAAAUUCCAUGCACAAAGUGGAGCGGAUCUCACACAACAGCUCAAAGAUUUGAAUAUACACCAAGAAGAGAAAAAAGAAAGGAGAAAAGAAUUCGUCAUUUUGUUCUUACUUUAUCAAUUGGUGAUCAUUGGUGAAAAUGAAUUUUGGUCGAAUUAUCAACAACUCACUCAACCGCUCGAAAAGAAAAGAUUGAGAAGACAUUUUGAUGACAUUUCAAACACAAGCACUACCAACGAUUCUCAGAUUCAGGAUCAGUCCAAACGAAAUAACACCACAGAAUCACCCUUUAUAUCCCCAUCUUCCAUCACUCUGGCGGUGAAUAUUGCGCGAACCAUAUCUCCGGAUCGCUUUGAUCCGAUAAGGUAUUUCCAGAUAACCAACACCCGUACGACAGAGUAUGAGAAAGUGAUCUUAUCGUGGGGAGAAGAUAAGAUACGUCAGAGAGCAUGGGAAGAACUGAGAAAAGCUUAUAUGACAUGUUCGAUCGGAUGGGCGGGCAAAUUCCUGGGGUUGGAUGAAGGGGAAGUGGAAAGGUGGGUGGAUGAGAGAGGUGGGAAGGUUGAAGGAGGGAUGGUGAGGUUGCGGUGA